UAAGUUUAUUAACAAUAACAAUAUUACAAUGAAAUUAAUACCAUACAUGGUAAAUCGAUUCAAAAUUGUAAUUUUGAUUAUAAUCUAUAUGCUAUGGGCAACGAGUAAGGCAGUAACACAAAAAUAUUCAACUAGGAGAUUAUGAAAUAUUUGAAUUUAGGUUUUACUUUUAUGUUAAUAAAAUUUAUCAGAAUAUCGAGAAUUUGGAUUGAAUCGGAAUUAAACUACUUAGAACAUUGAUAAACAUAUAGCGUGUAAUCAAAGAGUGGCACUUUAUUUUUUAAUCUCCUGAAAAGUUAGAAAAAGUGAGCUACUGCUUUAUUUGUUAUAAAAGAAACGAUUAUAUUCUAUUACAUAGGUAUUAAGAUAGCUUACAGAGCAUUGGAAAUAUAAGUUAUUAUCAUGUCUGUUAAACACGAUAUUCCGAUGCUCAACAUUUAAGGAUUACACUCUUACAUUAAAACCUUAAACAUGACGGCUCGAGAGACAAAUGAGUUUCCAUUCUGGCAUAAAAAAAUCUUCUUAGUUUAUUUUAUAUUAUUACAUCUAUUAAUAGUUAUAAUACAGUAACCGAGUGAAAUAACAUCGUUGCACUGGCACGCUCAGCACACCCCAUAUGCAUCAACGACGCACACUCGGCUUCUUCGCAACCAAACAAAUGUGUAUACACAAGCCUUGCAGUUAAAAUAUUGUUAACAUCAUAGCGGGUCGUUUGGUGAUCGAAUCCGAUAAAUUAUCACGACAAUCCGUAUCGAUAUGGUGGAUAUCAAUCCUCUGCUGACGUCCACGUGGAAAAUUAUGUGACACGCUACUGGCAGAAUAGACAAAUGUACUUUUUACACUCUUUAGCUGUAUUCGUAUUACAAAAGGUGUUUUAAAAACUAUGGAUAAUUUUGAUAGUGCAUCUUUUUCUACUAAAAACCUUCAUCGAUGUGUUUCUUUAGAAAGUGGUUGGGUAUUAGCGAAUAAAACUUGGAAAAUGUCAUUAGAUUUAUCUAAAUUUUCUAUUCGGACAUUUUCAACACCUGAUCUUGUGAUGAGAAGGCAAGCUCUCAAAAAUGACUUUAGAAAUAAUGAAAACAGUGAUGAACAAUUUUCGUUAAAUAAAUCGUGUCAAACCGAUGUACUAGGGCUAGAUAAGUAUUUGUAUAGACCAGAAAAUGAUGUAUUUGGUGGAAAAUUUACAAUAAAACAAAAAAAAAAAUUCUCUAAACGACCAAAAGUCCGUUCAAUUGCUAUUCAUUCUGAAAAGCGUCGUCUAUCAUUCACGGCAUUUAAAGGUUGUCAAAAAAUCAAACAAGUUUAUAAAAGAAAAAUAUCACUACCUUUUAAUUCGCAUACAAAUAAAGAAAAUAGUGUAUUACCAAAAUUGUGGUCGGGUAAAGCAGAAUUAGUUAGUUUACCAAUUAAAACAGAAAAAGACAUUAAAUUACCAAUAAUAUCAACAAAAAAUAUAAAACGGACAAUAGACUGCGAAACUGUAACUAAAGCAGUUAAGUUCAAUACAAGAAGAACCAAAUCUGCAGGUGAAGAAAUACUAGUUAAGAGAUUUGUUGAUGAUCGAGAGUGUUUUGCACCAGAUAUUAUUUCUUCUGAAAAAGGGGAAAAAUUAUCAGAAUAUGAUUUUCGAUCGUCUGUGGAUUCCAACGAUACCGCCAACACUGCAAUGGAUAUGUCAUCAUUAAAAUCUCAGCAGAGUGUGGAUAACAGAAAUGCUGAAACAAGUAGAGAAACUCUAUCAGCCAGUAAUACUAGAAAUGCAUCAACAUCUACCACAUUUCCUAUAGGACCUAAUUUUCCAAUAGUAUUUAACUGUGAAAGUGUACUACGGCAUCCUGUAAACGGUGGUUAUAUUUCUCAUACCGAAAGUCAUAGAUUUAGUAUUCAUUAUGUGCCUUUAAUUGAUGAUGAGCCAACAGAUUCAGUGACAAUAUCUGAAGGAUCAUUAUUAACUUAUAUUGCAAAAGAUUCCUAUAAUGGUGAAAGAAAAUCCGAUUCAAUAUCGAUAAUACCAAAUAGAUCCGAAAAAUCAUUCAUGUCUAAAAGCGAAUCAGCUAUUAAUAAACGUCAUUCGGCAGUUGAACACGAUUUGAAUUCUGAUUUAAGUAAAAAGUUUUCAAUGGAAGAUUUGGCCAUUGUAAGAUUCGGUAAUGAAGCAACUGUUAAAUGUAACGAAAAAUCACCUAUUCACUCUAUGACUGAUGAAGAACCUUAUAACAUUGAACAUUUCAACAAACAGGCGAGUAAUAAAAUUUCUUCCCAAAUGGCAUCAAAAGAAAUAAAUAAAUGUAUGAAUUUAAAUUCCUUUGAAGAAUUUAAUACUAGUCUUCUAAUACCAGAUAUUAAUAUUAAUCUUAUAAACAAUUGUGAUGAAAAACAAAUAGAAUCAAAUGUACCAAUGAACACGCACACAGAAAUAUCGAUACAAUCUCACAACAUUCGAUCCGAAAGUGAAGGAAAACAAUGUGAUAAUGAUAGAAGUACUUUUAACGAGACUUAUUCAUGUGAUAAUAGUAAAUUUAAAAAUGAUAAAUAUUGCUCAAAUCUAAUAACUGAUCAAUUAAAUGAAAAUGCUCAGCUCUCGCCAUUACUGUUUAUUGAAUCAGAAAAAUAUGAUAAAGAUAUUGAAGUAGAACAUUUAGGCAUUAAUAAAUCAAAGAGUUCUCUAGUUCAAAGUAACUGUAACGCCUUAGAAGUUCCACAAAACAAUUUUGACGAAAAAAUACCUACUGAAUUACUUGUUUCUUCAGUAAACAAAAAAACAAACACGAAUUUUGUAUCUAAAGAAGUUAUAAUAAACAAUGACAAUCAUACAUUUCAAUCGAUUUCGAGAAAAUCUACUGAAGAUCUUAAUAAAAUUAAUAUAAACGAAUGCAAAUCGAACAUAGUUGAGCAAUUAACAUUUAAUAGUAACUAUUUUAACAACUACAAGAUUGAUCAACAAGAAAAUAAGAAUGAAAUUGAUGAAAAAAAUAUGGAGUCUGAUGACUUAAAUAGUAGUGUAAAUAUUUUGAAUAAACUUAUAACUAGUUCCUCCGAUUUUUUAGCACUACCAAAUUCAGAAAACAAACAGCUUAAUUCAGAAAAUUCUAAAGACUAUGUAAAUGCACAUAAACAGACACAACUUGAAGUUAUGAAUGCACCACAAUUAUUGGUGGAUAUGCAUAAUAGUGAAUCCAAUAAUGUACUAUCAGUUAAAGAAAAAUUUAUACAAAAUUCACAUAAACUAGACGAUAGUCAAGUUGCUCCUUACCAAACAAUUUCGUCAAAUGUUUUCUUCAACUCGGCUCAUUUAAAAAAAAAUGAUUCGAUAAUAAACCAAGUUAAUGAUAUAACAGCUCAGAUGAAUAAUUUAAGCAGUUCUAAUGAAAUUAUUCCAUGCGAAAUAAAAAAACACAUUUCUUCAAAGACUAAUAGCAAUGAUAAUACCGAACACGCCACAAAAAAUGAUAAUAAAACUGAUAAUGAACAAAACGAGAAAUUAAAUUGCGUUGAUAAUGAACACACGGGUGGUAAGUACACAAACAACAGUGACAUAUUGCAUUAUCCAGAUUUAAAACAGCCAAAGAAUAUACAAUCAACACAAGUCUCCAAAGAGUAUGUUGGUGGAUCCCUUUUAGGAGACAUUUUUCGGGAAAAAAAUUGUUACUCUGAUUGUAUCUCUCCAAAUAAAAAUUAUUUUGAUUUUUAUGAAAAUAAAACAAUCGAACAAACUUUUUCAGACGUACCAGAAAAAGCUAAUAGCCAUUGUGGUUAUUAUUAUAGCUAUAAUUUGACAAAUAUAAAAAAUCAAGAUAUUGAUGAUUGUACCGUUUUUGGAAAUGAAAUUGAUCAGAACCCAUUAAAAACUACAAAGCAUAAUUUUUCGAUUAUGCCACCUUGUUGUUUUCAACAAGAUAAAAACUGUAGGAACGAAAAAAAUUCUGAUAGUGAUGAGAGUUUAACUGAUAGUUUAGAAGAUUAUAAAAAUGAAAACUCAGCGAUGUCAUAUUUUCUUACAUUAAACGGACAACAAUCUGCUGUUUCUUUUACAAUGAAUAUGCCAGGAACACUUAAAUCCCGUUUAAAUCGACGGAAAAGUAAACUAAAAAAACAUUUACAUUUAUUUACAAUAAGGAAAAAAGUUCCCACUCGCGUACGUGUUCGACACAAAAGUUGUCAAACAUUAUGUACAGCUGAAAAGGGAGUACAAGUACAGCACAAUAAUACAGCUAAUGAAAAAAAAAAUGUUGAUGAUCAUUUAGUAUUAGAAACAUUGCUCGCAAAUAUCGAGAAUCAUCACAAAAUUUCUGAAAGCCAAAUUCGUGUUAUCAAUGGUCAUAAAAUGGUAUCUGAAAGUAACCAAACAGAAGAUUUUUCGCAGCUAAAAUCAUUACAAGGAACAUCAGUAGGACUAAUUGAAAAGAUGGAACCAAUUAAGCAAAAAUUAAACCAUUUAUCAUCAGAAAAAAACUUUAGUGGUAAUAAUUCGAUGUUAACGGUUGGAAUGUUCAAACAAAAGAAACACAAAGGUAAAGAGGCUUUAGAAGGAACUAAAAAUGAUCGACUUCUUACAUUAUCAAAAGGUUGGAUAAAUUUUUAUACGCUUCGAACCGAAAGUACAGAUACAGAUACGCAUGAAGACGGUUACGAUUAUGAUGAACUAGAUGUCAAAGAAGAAAAUAUUGAUCAACAAUUUUCUCUUCAUGUAGAAGCUACCCCUGAACCAAUAAAUUUACCGAUAGUUCAUUUUCCUAAAAAAAAUGUAUUACAUGUUGCAAGCAAACGCUCUUCAACAAAACAUUUACCAAAAAUAGUACAGCCGUCAAGAUACAAUCAUCAAUAUGUAACCUACUCUGAUCCAACAGCAAAUGAAUGGUAUGUAAGCGUAAACGGACCAAAUAAUAUGGAAAUGAAAGUAUCACUAAUACCAGAUAAACAAGACCUAGAAUCUUCUGACAAUUUUAAUGAAAUCAAUAAAAUUGAAAUUAGUCAAAAAACAAUACAAAGAAAGAAUAACUAUUUAAAUAAACCAUAUAAAAAUGUAAAGAUUUCACAAUCAACGCGCCAUGGUAUAUAUUCUCCUAGUGUAUCUAGAGCCGAAACUACUUUGUCAGCUGAAAGCAAAUACAUGGAAACCAUAGACACACACUUAUUAAUUCAUAAAGCUCGCAGGCGGUUAAGUCAAGAAUGGGAUAAAAACAUUCAAAGUAAAGACGGAUCCGAGUCAGUUCAAUUGGUUGUAACUGGCGAUUCUGUAGCAAAUAAAUGUUCACAAAAACCAGUAAAUCGAGGAUAUCAACAAUGCUCAUUUAAACGACAAUCACAAAGAGCUUUAAAAAAAUUUUCGCAUGACCAUAAUUGUUAAUUAUUUUUACAAUUUACUCCUAAUAAUUUAUUAUUUUUAACUCAAAUUAUUUAUUCUAUUUAUAUUAAAUUUAAAAUUUUUUCUAAGAAUAGUUACUAAAUAAUUUGUAUUAUCUUAAUUUAUUUUUACCGAGUUUACAAAUGUUAAUAGUGAUUUUAUUUUUGUAGAAUUAUACAAUUUCAUGGUAAUAUAAUAAAAAAAAUGUAUGUACAAUUUUCAACUUGGGUAAAACAUUAUUAUGUAAUUUACAUAAUUUUUGUUUCUUAAGACACAGAGAGUUACUGUUUUGGUUUACCAAUUUCAAACUUAAUUUUCUUUUCUUUUGGUUCAUCUUCAGAUGUUUCAAGUAUAUUUUUUGGCUGGGUCUUUGCAUAUGCUGGAGUUAUCCAGUAAGGAUUUUCAGAUGCAUCUUUA